CAUCAUUAAAUAAACUCAAGCAACCAUUUUUUUUUUUGUUUUUCUAAACUUUUCAGGAGGUUGAAUCACAUGCUCUCCUCUCUCUACAUUUUCUAUUGAUAAUUUUUUUAUUUGACUGAGCACUCCAAAGUGAUUCUUCCAGAUCUACACUGAAAAGUUUUUAGGCCGUGGAUGAGAUUAUAGCCCUUUGUUGUUCUUCAAGAAGAGAGUGGCCCAUUAAUUUCUUGUCAAAAAGUAGAGAAGCCGGUAGGCAGUUCAACAUGGAGAGGCCCGGGGGAGAUGAAGACAUGUUGGAGGAGGUCACCAUCAACAAAGAGCCCAACAUCGUAGAUUUCCAGAGGCUGAUGGAGCUCACAAACUACAGUGACAAGGGUAACUGGCAGCUGGCCGAGUUGGUGAAGAAUUGGGAGUUCAAGCAGGCGAACGUCGUGCGCCUCUUGAAAGAGGAGCUCGACCAGCUCAGCAAGCAGCAGCAGGAAGUGGAGCUCAAGAAGCUCGAGAUAUUGGAGGAGCAUCGGUUUGAGAAGGACAGGUAUGGUGCGGACAAGCGCCCUAUCUCCAUUCUUGACCAAGAUGCUCCCGAGAGGAGGAAGGACGACGUCGUCUCCCAAGGGGAGAUUGUGGCUAUAGACGCACAGUAUGACAGCGUUGUGUACUGGAAGCAGCGAGCAAUGCAUCUUGAGAAGCUUCUGGAAGCUAGCCUUCAAAGAGAGCAAGUGUUGGUGGAGAAAUUGCAAGAGAGUAUAGAUAGUUUGGAGAGUCAGUCGGCUCCUUUGGAGGAGCUGUCUCAGGUCUUGAAGAGAGACGAUAACUUCUUGCAUUUCGUCCUCCAAAACGUCCCUGUUGUUAUAGGCCACCAGGAUAAGGAUGUGCGUUAUAGGUUCAUGUUCAAUCACUUCCCGAGCUUGGGAGAGCAGGACAUCAUAGGCAAAACGGACGUGGAGAUUUUCACUGGCGCUGGCGUGAAGGAGUCCCAAGACUUCAAAAGGGAGGUUUUGGAACGCGGAUUGCCUGCAAAGAGGGAGAUCACGUUUGAAACGGACCUGUUUGGUCCGAAGACUUUCUUGAUCUACGUGGAGCCUCUUUUCAGCAAGGCAGGAGAGACCAUUGGUGUGAACUACAUGGGAAUGGAAGUCACUGAUCAGGUCAGGAAAAGGGAGAAGAUGGCAAAACUUAGAGAGGAGAUUGCUGUGCAGAAGGCCAAGGAGACGGAGCUUAACAAGACGAUCCAUAUCACAGAGGAGACAAUGCGCGCGAAACAAAUGCUGGCGACAAUGUCUCAUGAGAUUAGGUCUCCUCUCUCCGGAGUUGUGAGCAUGAUGGAGAUUCUUGCAACCACUAACCUUGAGAAAGAACAAAGGCAGCUGUUGAAGGUGAUGUUGUCUUCUGGAGAUUUGGUUCUACAGUUUAUCAACGACAUCCUCGAUCUCUCCAAGGUGGAGUCAGGAGUUACGAAACUGGAGGCGACCAAGUUUAGGCCGAGGGAGGUAGUGAAGCUCGUGCUCCAGGUAGCAGAAGAUGUCCCAAUAGAGGUUGAAGGAGAUGUGCUAAGGAUUCAACAGAUUCUUACUAACUUGAUCAGUAAUGCCAUAAAAUUCACUCAUGAAGGAAAAGUUGGAAAAAAUCUGUAUGUGGUUCCAGAGCCGAGCGAUGUAAACGAAAGAGGCUCGGAGAAGAAGUCUCGAGAUCAAUCGACUCUUUCAGCCAAUACUAAUGACAAUGGACAUGCUGAUAACAGCCCUUCUUAUGAAGAACCCGAGCUCAACAACAUGUCCUGUGACCAAAAUGGUGAUCAAAUGGAUCAAGACAAGGAGAGUCGAACGAAGGCUGAGGAACGAGUCCGUUGUGAUGUCUACGACACUGGCAUUGGAAUACCUGAGCAUGCUAUGUCGACUUUGUUCAAGAAAUAUGGUGGGACAGGAUUAGGCCUUGCAAUCUGUAAACAACUGGUUGAACUCAUUGGAGGAUAUCUGACAGUGUCAAGUGUCGAGCAACACGGCUCUACUUUCACAUUCGUGCUGCCAGUGACGCCGCCACAGCUGCUGCUAAAGCCAAGUUCGAGGCUGUAGUUUUAAAUGCACAGGCAGUAAAUUAAAGCAAAAUGAGCAAAUCUUUGCAGUGGGAAAGAAAUUCAAAAAUACAUUUUCGUUGUUUCAAAAAUUGAAAGCCUCUUCAUAAAAGCAAAGGCAAACACCAUAAUUUACUUCCUAUCAUACUUUCUACC